AUGUCUAGCCAUAUCAAGUUCGCAGAACCCAUCCAGAAGAAAGGUGGCAAUGGGCCUUCAAGGAGGGAUACUAGAGAAAAGGGGUCGACACAAAGAGCACCUUCUCCCGGAAGUGAAAUCGUCUAUCCGACAGGAUGGAGACUCGUGCUUACUACCAUAGGGCUCUUGAUUGGAUUUUUCCUCUCCAAUCUGGAUGUGACGAUUGUAAGCUCGUCUCUCACGAGCAUGACAGAUGACCUGAAAGGCUUUGAGAAAAGAAGUUGGAUCGUCACCGGGUACCUGGCCACCUACACAGGUAUGACUCCUAAAUUUACUUUUGAGUUUGUCACUAUGCAGUUUGGGGGUCCAUGGCAAUAUGGACAAAAUAUAAUUCUUCGAGCACUCCAGGGGAUAGGGGGCGCUGGUGCAUAUGCACUGGCACUAUUAUGCAUCUACGAGAUAUCUCCUAAAACGAAGCUUCCGACAUACAGUGGUCUCAUGUCAUUUUGCCUCGCUCUUGCAUCUUUGAUAGGCCCAAUAAUCGGAGGCGCCUUUGCGCAAGUCUCGGCCUGGAGAUGGGCUUUUCUUAUCAAUGCUCCAUUAUGCGGUAUUGCGAUCAUUGUUAUCUUCAUUGCUAUGCCUACAAACUUCGGUCUCGAUCAGCAUACUCCGUCAUUUAGAACGCGAGCAUCGUACCAUUCAUUUGCAAAUCUUGAUCUCGUGGGGUCAGUCCUGCUGAUGGCAGGCUCGUUCUUGAUUGUCGCUGUCUUGAACGAGACGAAUCUAGCGUUUUCAUGGUCCUCCGGGGGUGCAAUUGCGCUCCUCGUUCUAACGGGAGUUUCCUGGAUUGCUUUCUUUGCUUGGGAGUGGUAUAUUUCAGGAAUUCCGGGGAAAGAUCCCAUAUUCCCCAAACGCUGGCUAUUCGACCGUCCGUGGAUGGGUAUACUGAUCUCUUCAUUUGUCAUUGGUGUACCUUUCAAUGUUGUCAUCGUGUAUGUUCCGCAGCAAGCCGAAAUCCUGCUAGACAAAUCGCCGUUAGACUCUGGUAUCUACUUGAUUGGAUACUCGGCUGUGGCUGCAUUUGCGGCGGCCAUUGUGAACGUCGCCAGCUCUAGAGGACGUAUCCCAUUUGUUUACACGCUGCUCGUGGGCUGUGUAGUUCACACUGUCGGCAUGGGACUUCUCUCAACCAUUACGACAUCACAUGGCUUUCAUGCCACGGAUAUUGUUUACCAGGCAAUUGCAGGCGCAGGCAUGGGGGUAAUAAUGGGAGUUUUGGUGCUAUCAACACCAUACGUAGUCGAAGACAGAGAUCUUGCGAUUGCUACUGGGGCUGUUGUGCAGUUCCGGUUCCUCGGAGGUGCUAUCGGUCUUGCCAUUGCAUCCAAUAUCUUGAACGGCCGACUGGCACAUCAUUUGCACGGUGUUCUGACAUCCCACGAACUGCAUCUGUUCCUCGAGAACGUGAAAUCGAUAGAACACCUAUCACCACAUCUACAGAAACAGGUGAAAGAUAUUUUCGCUGGGAGUUACAGUACGCAGAUGCGUGUCAUGAUCGGAUUUGCGGCUGCUCAGAUAUUGGCAAUUUUCCUAAUAAUCAAGCGAGGUCGGCAGCUUGCAGCUGGAAAGACACACCCCGGCCCUUAG